GGGCUGAAGCAUUUCGGCAAACAAGCGUUCACCUUUGGGCGAAUUUUCUUGACGCCAGAAGUUGAUGAGUGGGUGUAUUGGCAAAACAAAAACAGAGACUUUCGCAGUUCACUCGUCGAAUCAGUAAACAACCGCCUUUCCUUUGUGCACGACGGUGAUAUUGUCAAGUGCAACUGUGUUGUUGACAACCUAUCAUUCUCCCUUAUUUUCGCCACUUCGGUCUCAGACGAGUGAAAUCCCUUGGGAUUGGCCCAUCUUUGGCCGUAUUAUUGGUCCUAGACUCCUGGUUCCUGACAGCCAGGGUACUCCAAUCACGACUCUAAUUGGAAGUCUGACGGUAAACCCCGUCGCAGCUCCAUGAUGGAAUACCCGCCGCAGUAUCAACAGCCUCAUGGCCAGCAUCCCCACGCCUCUUCCCACAUCACUGCCCCGUAUCAGACGGCUCCUCAAAAUGCUGGGUCCACGGUGGGAUCGAUGACUUCUCCCACCAACCCUCAAGCGCACAUGCAACAAGCUCACGCUACACAUCAAGCGUCACCAAUUGUUCCCUCACAAUCUCAUUAUCAGCCUGCUCAAAAUGCCCCGGGCUCUGUACAUCAGCAAAUGAACUUCCCUCAGUCGUAUGGAGUCACCACGGCGAUGCCACAAACGUAUGGUAUCUCCCCUACGCAAGCGGCUGCAAUGGCCACCGCUGCAGCAUCGGGCCAGUUCUAUCCUCUACAUCAAGAUUCGAUGGCUGGCCAGAUGGCUCCUGGUCCCCGCGGAUCGCCGCGCAUGGCUGGGGUGCAGGUCAAGAGUGACCGCAAUCCUCGUUCUCCACCCCAGAUUCCUGGCCAGAUGCCAUCGAUGGGAUCCCAGGUACAGAUGUCCCAGAACGCCCAGAUGCAGCAACGUCGCAUGAGCCAUGUCAGUAGCCCACAUGUUCAGAAUGCCCAACCACUUAUCAACCAUGCCGGCCGGCCUUCGGUGCCCCCAUCUAUGCCGCCACCACCUCAGCCGCCUGUCCAGCAGAGCCAACCUUCGCCGGAUAUGGUCGCUGGCGCCGCUGAGGAAUCGCCGUUAUACGUGAACGCGAAGCAGUUUCAUCGCAUCCUGAAACGACGAGUGGCUCGCCAAAAACUGGAGGAGCAAUUGCGGCUCACGUCCAAGGGCCGUAAGCCAUAUCUGCACGAAUCGCGUCACAACCAUGCCAUGCGCCGCCCUCGUGGUCCCGGCGGGCGAUUCUUAACGGCUGACGAAGUGGCAGCUAUGGAGAAGAAGCAAGCAUCCGGAUCUACGACCUCUGGGCUUGAAGCCGCUGAUGAUAAUGCGGUGAAACCUCCUGGCGAUAACCCGCCUUCUGCACAGAAACGAAAAUCAAGUGAUGUCAACGAUGACACCAUCAACUCGUCUAAAAAGACGAAAACCAGUGCGAAACCGAGCACUAGUGCGGACGAAAGCGAGAACGAAUCUGCUGAGCUGUCCGACGAGGAUGGUUGAGCGGUACCUUACUCCAGGAUCGUCUUGCGAAAAUCCUGCUUACCCACAAUAGCCCUUUAUGAUGGAUGGAUGUCUGGAAUUUCUUUUACCCCCGUCUUCCUUGACCUUUACUCCCCGCAGCGAGCGACGCGCAACUGCCCCAUCUUCU